AUGUCGAUUAUCAAAACUGAUGGGGUGAUUGUUAAGUCUAAGAUUGGGGAGCAUAGGGUGGAGAGAGUGAAACCGGAAAAUGUUGAAGAAUCUUUGAGACUGAUUGAAGAUCUUAAGUUCUUCUUGGCAACUGCUCCGGCCAAUUGGCAAGAGAAUCAAGUUAUAAGGCGAUACUAUUUGAAUAAUGACGAAGGCUUUGUUUCAUGUGUAUUUUGGAAUAACUUGUAUUAUAUCACCGGGACUGAUAUAGUUCGGUGUUGUGUGUAUCGAAUGCAAAAGUUUGGUCGUGAGGUUGUGGAGAGGAAGAAGUUCGAGGAGGGUAUAUUCUCAGACUUAAGAAAUCUUAAAUGCGGGGCAGAUGCCACGCUUGAGAUGCCUAAAUCAGAGUUUCUAUCGUUUCUUUACAAAAACCUCUGUCUUAAGACCCAGAAGAAACAGAAGGUAUUUUUUUGGUUUAGUGUACCUCAUGAUAAGCUUUUUGCUGAUGCUUUAGAAAGAGAUUUACGUAGAGAGGCUUCCGGUCAGCCUUCGACCACAAGAGCUGUUACAGAGCCUGCUUUGACGUUUACAUAUGAUGAUCAAUCGGGUAUGUCUCUCUACGAUCAAGUGGUUCAACACGUUGAUACUAAGAGGAUAGAUUUAUACUCCGCUCCGUCGACUAUAGGCCCAAUGGAAGUGGACAUGGAUGAUGACGAACAAGAUGAUGACGAACAAAAUGGCAAAGGUCAUGUAACUGUGGAUAUGGAGGAUCAGAGACCCUCUAAAGACAAGCUUGGUAUAGAACCGCAGGCUGUAAUAUCCGGCGAAGUUUCUUGUGCUGAUGCUGAUAUUUCCAGCAGUAUUGCUGGAGAGGCUGACCGAUCUACUGCACCUACUACCAAUUAUUCUCCCCAAGAACUUAUCAUUGAAGCUGCAAAUACCGGUGUUACCGAAUAUGCAUUGGGUGACGAGAUAAAUCCUGCCGAUUUGCUCACUAAAGAGGAUGACGAUUUCCCGCUAGAUUAUUUCUCACUUGAAAUCGAAUACCCUCCCCAUCAGGAGCAACAAGGAAGAAUGAUAAAUCCGCUUUUUUUUGACACCGAAAUGGAAUCAUUUCCACCAAUACCGCCUACAGCUGGGCCUUUUGAAAACCCCUAUGUUCAUGCUGAACUACCUACAAAAUUUAUGUAUAGCGGAAUUCCUCCUACUUCUGCAGUAGCACCACAGCCUGUGCAGCAGCCAUUACAACCAUCAAUCCCACCUCCGCAACUGUCUGUUGGAAAAGGACAUUUUAUAACCAACGGAGAGUACUAUGCCACAGCUAAAACGAAGGAUGGGAAGCAACCUCGUGAUGCUGAAGAUGAAACUUCGAAUCACAUUACGAAGGAAAAUACCGAUCAGAUCCCUGGUUUAACUGAAGAUCAAGUGCCUGCAUCGAACAAUUCCAGAACUGUAAAUUCUGGAAUUCCUGCAGUUAUGGGAAAUGUUGCAGGUGUUCCUCUCCAAGACGCUUACACAGGGUUCCAAGGAAUGGGAGUUCCAGGAAUGUAUCCUUACAUGAUGCCCGAUUUUCUAUACAAUAAUACAUUUCCAGGCACGGAUGAAAUGCUUUACGAACAAUGGAUGCACAUGCAGGUAGCUCAAACGCAACCAAACGAAAUGUACAUGAAUGCUCAGGCCCCUUUUAUGGGUAGAUCAUUUACUCCUAUGUAUCGUACAACCCCUACAAAUCCAUACAUGGCGAUCUCACCCUAUCAGUCAAAACCACCAAACUCAUCGACAGCUAAGAACUUCCCGUUUUACCAAGGUUAUUACGGAAGGCGUAGCAAUAUGCACUCAUAUUUACGAGGAUUUCCCUCAAUACAAGCAACACAACCUUCUUCCGCGACAAGAAUGCAUUUUGUAAAACAUAAUAAAGUCACGAAUCAGCACAGCUCUGCAUCUAGUUCGGGUCCCUCAUCAAGUAGUAAGGCGUCACAUAUAUCCUCAAAAAAAAAAGUGAUGAAACCAAGAUCUCAGACACUAAAAAAUAUAGGAAGGGCCAAAAGAAUUGAGAUAGACACCAACAGUACAUUUGUUUCUCAAAACAGCACGCAUGUCGACAAUAUAAGUACUGCAGGCUUGACAGAGGAUCAAGCUUCCGAAAAUGAGGGUGUAGGCUCACCUACAAGCUUUCAAAAUGUUAAUACUAGAACAUAA